ACUGAUACUAACAAAAUUCAAAAUUUAUUUACAUUUUUGAUCAAAUUGAGUUGCCUAUUAAAAUGACGCAUAUCCCACGCAUUGACCAAUUAUAGGGUAUUUGGGUGUCAUUGCAAACCAGCUGUUUUUGCUGUUUGUCACUUUGUUAAUUGAGUGUGCAAAAAUGCCACGAGCGAAGAAUUAAAAAUAAUUCAACAUUCUCGCCAAAUUGUCGCAAUAUUUUGAAGUCAGGAUCGAGGCGAAAUGGAGAAACGACAGCGAGAGCUGGAGGCGCUGGUAACCACACAGAAGGAGCAGCUAUCGCGCUACGAGAAGCGACUCAAAGACGUGGUCACCGCCUACAAGGGACUUUUGAAAGAGAAGGAAGCACUCGAAACGAGCCUGGCAGCUCAUGCCGAGGCCACCUCCAGCGUUGUCAAGGAUGCCACUCAACCCAGUGAAGACAGCGAGGCUUCCGGUGCUGCUGCAACCGAAGCAGAUGCUGCUGAUGGCAGCGUUAGCGAUGUCAAUGUUGACAAGGGACAGCUGCAGACACAGAUCAUCACGCUGAUGAACUCGCUGGCCACUCUCUCGGCGGAAAAGUCACGCAUGGAAGCCUCAUUCCAGGCGGACAAGAAGCAGCUGCGCUCCCACAUUGCCCAAAAGGAGCAGAGCAUACAGGAGCUGGUGGCCAAGGCGAAGGAACAGUCGCAGCGUGCCAAGAGCGAUGUGGACGAGGUGAAGGCCAAGUGGAUCAUUGAACGACAGGAGCGCGAAAAGGAGACAAACAAUCAAAUGAUUAUGUUGCGUGAACUGCAAAAACUCUACGCGGACGAACGGCAUCUCAAGGAGAACAUCGAGAUGCAGCUGAACAACUUCAAGACGCAAUUCGCCAGCAACGAGGCAGAGAACAGUCGUCUGCGAGAACUGCAGCUGCAGCUGAAGGAGGCGCGUGCCCAGCUCAAGCAAUUCCAGGUGAAGUCGGAGCAAUCUUUGGCCGCUGCCACCGCCGCGGAUAACAGCGCCCUGUUGCAACAGGUGCGCCAGGAGAUGCAACAGCUGCAGGAACAGCAUGCGGUGGCCAUCAAGCAGGAGCAGCGUCGCGUGCUGCGCGCCGAGGAGCAGAGUCGUCGCCAAGCGGCGCUGCACGAGGAUCGUGUGGCCAAUUUGGAGGCACGUCUCGCCGAACUGAGCAGCUCGGUGGGCAACUACGAUCGUCUGCGACAGCAGGAUCAGGAGAACAUUCAUGCACUCAAGCAGCAGCUCCACGAAUUGGAGCAAUCGCAUUCCCGCCAAGCGCCUGCGGUAGCUUUGCUAAGCGACAGCGAUGCCGACAUGGCCGGACUGGUGGAUGAAAUUGUGCGUCUCAAGCAGCUGCUGAUCAAAGCCAAUGCACGCUCCGCUCAUCCACUCGAUCUCAGCCAUGUGCUGGGCAGCAAUUCGACUGCCGCCACAGCCGACAGUCAUGUGCAUUGUGAGCAGCAGCUGCAGAGCUUGCAGCAGUCGCUGGACUCGGCCAAGCAGCAGCGUCAGCAGUUGGAGCAGAAGACGCAGUUGCAGCAGACACACAUCCAAACGCUGCAGGACAAGGUGCAGGUGCUCAAUCGCAACAUAGACGAGGCGGAGCAGGAGCUGAAGCAGCAGGGAGACAAAAUGCGGCAAGCCCUGAAGCAGGAGCGUGCCAAGUGGCAGGAAGCGAAGGCAGAGCUAGAGAAUGAGACGCGUUGCAAGCUGAAUGAGCUGGAGCAGCUGUUGCAGAAGCAGCGCCAGAGAUCGCUGCAGUUGCUCGACGAGAAGGAGCAGGAGAUUAAGACGCUGCAAACAUCGUUCGAGGUCUUCCACAAACCGACUGCAACAACGCCACUCGAGGGCAACGAGCAGUUCAACUAUUCGUCGGAUGCCGACAGUGUUGAGGUGGAAGCUGCUGGUGAGUUGCGACAGCACAAGGUAAAGCCCAAAAAGUUGUCGAUCAGUGAGAACUGUCAUAUGCUGCACUAUGCCAACGAAUUGGCUCGCAAGGACAUCGAGAUUACAACGCUGCGCAAGUCCAAAUACACGGCGGAGUCGACGCUUCGCAAGGCCAUCCAGGACAAGGUGACAGCGCAGCAGGAGAUGCACGAGAAGAUCGAGUGCUUGGAGGAGCAAGUGGAUAGACUGGAGCGCUGCAAGACCCGCGAAGGCGCCAAUUUGGAGUACCUGAAGAACGUCAUCAUCAGCUUCAUUGUGACCCGCGAUGCGGAGGGCAAACGUCACAUGCUGAACGCGAUCAGCGCUGUGCUGCAGUUCACCAACUCGGAGAUGACAACCAUUAAUGCCGCAUUCCAAAAGAAAUAGCGAAACACAUUCAAUUCAAUCCGUGUAAAACAAAGAAAUCAAUAUAUUGUAGCUUAACUGAAUCCUGCCACAGGAUAUUUCUUUAGAUAAUCGUUGAGCACCGAGGGAAACAUUGACAGAAACUUGAAGCGUGCGCCCAUCUGCUUGGGAUCUGUUAGCAUCUCGUAGCCCGACUGAAUGAGCUCCUUGUUCUCGGGCAGUGCAUUCGCUAGCAGUUGUUCCAGUCGAACUUUCCCUUGCAUGCGCUCCAGAAAUUCGCCCUGCUCCACCGGUCCAUAGCACUGGAUGUGACCACGCGACUCGGCCACAUGUUGCAAGUGCUUAAAGUCCACAUCCGCUGUCAGGUCAGCGGUGCCCGGCUCCAUGAGUGGUUCGUGCAGCGCAUGCUGCUUGAAGCCACGAAACGUGUCCGUCUUUUCGCCCAAAUGUCCGUAGUCCAUGAUGAGACCUACGCCGCCAUGCUCCGCCAAACGUUGCGCCAGCAAAUCCACAUGACGUUCCGCUUCCAAAGAGUAUUCCAAGCAGGUGCGUGUUUCAUUCGGCAGUGGUUUAAACAAGCGUGAGACGGGUGUCUGUGACUUGGAUAUCACGUAACGAAACUCGGGCAGUAGCUUUGACUCUGGCUGCUCCACCACAUCGAUGAGCACCUCCUGCCACAACCCCUCGAUCAGCUGCAACUUGUGGAUAGGCAGCGCAUCAAAGAACUCGUGCGCCAGCACCAGCGAGAAACCCGGCGGCACAUCCUCCAGGCGACUAUGCCAAUACGCCUUGAUGCCCGUCGCCGUGGUGCCCACUUGAUAGUGUGGCAACUGGGCAUCCUCUGGCAGCUUCUGGUGUGUGUAGCAGAAACGUUGCGCCUGCUGAAGACUCAGAUACGGACUGAUCUCGACCAUGUGCAUGCUGAAUUCGGCGCCCUGUUUGAAUUUGGUCAACACCUUAAGUACAUCACGUGCCAAAGUGCCGCGUCCUGGACCUAAUUCAAUCAGCUGAAAGGGCGACGGACUUCCAAGCUUGCGCCAUUCACUUGCCAACCACACGCCCACCAGCUGCGAAUAGGGAUUCAGUUACGAUUCCUUGAAUGCUGUGGAAACUUCUCUCACCUCUCCAAAGAUUUGUGAUAUUUCAGGGGAUGUGAUAAAGUCACCUUCACGUCCAAAUACAUCCCGAUUCAUAUAGUAACCGCCUUGGGGAUUUGUGAGCACUUCACGCAUAUACUCCGCCACUGUGAUGGGACCCGUGGCCAGAAUUCGGGCUCUCAGCUGUUUGCUGAGACUGAUCUCGCCAUGUGCGGGGGAUUCAUUUGCCGUCGGCUUUGGCUGUGGUGUCUGCAACUCUUGACUCUUGGCCGCGGAAACAGCGCUCAAGUUUGGGCGCCGUACAGACUUGUAGCUGUAGCUGCGUCGGCUUCCAAUUCGCAGCAGCGCUUCGCGUAACAUUUUUUUGUUAUCAAAAGUUGAACGGGAGCUGCCAAGCUGAUUGUAAAAGAAGGCAACAGUGCAGCCAAGUACAAAAAGUCUGACAGUGCUGCCCUGCUACUCAAAGUAUUUUACAGUGCUGCCCAGUUGACAGAAAAGAAUAUACAAUUGCAGCACUGCCAACUGGUACUAGCAUGUUUUGCAUGUUUUAUUUGGGUUAAAAAUUGAAAAACCUUAAUUGCCAACUGCUAUGUCGAAUCAAAAAUGCGUAAUCGGAAUUCACAUUAUUAUAUUUCUUAUGACUAUGUAAAAUCGAAAUCAGCUAAAAACACCCAAUCAGCACCAGUGCAACAAGUUUUCAAAAUCUUUUUAUCUUUUAAACUCAACUUGAACUUAGACAUAAAAUGUAGUUUGAAAAAAAAACUUACCUGUACCGCUCUUUAGAUUUUCAUCACACUACACUCAGCACUUAUGCUUCUUUGUAUUUCUCUCGCACUCACUGCACUUUUAAGGCAAAACUCUUUCCAGAAAAUUUGCCGGCCACAUACAAAAAAAUUUAAUUGUCACUUCACUUGGCUGCUCUGCAUAUAUUUUAUAUUAACUAUAUCACUUUUGCAUGCCUAUUAAUUAAGUAGUAGAUCUUAGAUUACCGAACUUUUAUAAAAUAAAAAAAAAACACUGCGUUUUGCGACUACAAUUUUUCCAACCGCGCGUAGUCAUUGUUAAAAGGAAACUAAAAAGCUUUAAGCUCAGUGCUCAGAACCGAUCUAAGCUCAGCUUUAAUCUGCGCUUUGCCUGCUAGUGUAGGUUAUCGAUAAAUUAGGCUUGCGCGCUUUAGUUUAAAUUUGAAUAUAACAAUCGAUAAAGAGGAAUAAAGUGGGAGUCAUAUUUAAUUUAAUCAUUGCCACUGGCAAAUAAAUGUUUGCAUUCUUUAUUAUAAUAAAUUAGGCUUCAAUAUUACAAAAUCGGUGACCAGCAUUAUUUCACAGUUAAAUGACAUCCAUUAGAACAACCUGAUGUCGGCCACAACCUUAUCGUUGUCGUAGAUCUCUUUGGCAUAGCACAGAUUGGGAAAAUCGAAGGCGGCACCAUAGCGAUUUCUGCAUCCAGUGGUGGCCUUAUCGCCAGGAGUGUACACAGGCUGUCCAAUCACAUUUGUGGUGGCAAAGUUGCAAGUGAAAACAAAGUGGUUAUAGAAAUCCCUAGAGAAACGCACAGCGGCACAGCCCAAAUGGGUGUUCUUCUCAGCAACGGCAAUGGUAAACUUGGCCACAUUCUUGUUGGUCAACUCCUCGGGGAAACUAGCCAAGAUCUCGGGGGAAGCAUUCGCACGCUCAGCAAACCAUUUCUCAAUCUGCUCCUUGAUGAUCUCCGCAUCCGUGUACUCCGACUCGGCGCCACUAUAACUGAAGAUGGCAUUGUUCUGGCCAGCAUAGGCAAAGCGCUCUGUGCUGCGACACUUGUCGGGCAAAGACUGGCAGGUCUUCACAUUGAACAGGGCCAGGUGGGUGAGUUCCUCGCACCAAGUCAUCUUGGCCAUGCGAACAGCUUUAGGCAGUCCCUCAAUCUUGCCACCAGCUACAUUGUUGCG